GUACAUUUAAAUAUCUGCGCAGUAGUCCGAGUAGCAGUAAAGGAGGCCAUCAACAUGGCGGCCACGCCAAAUAAUGACGUCAUAACGUCCAAGCCCUAUAGUGGUGGCGACUGUCAAAAAGCACUGUCCUUCGGAUGAGACAUUAAACCAAGGUCCUCACCCUCUGUGGUCAUUAAAAAUCCUAGGAUGUUAUUCAAAAAGAGUAGAGGUGUGACCUCGGCAUCCAAAUUUGCCCAUUGACCUCUGAUCAUCAUGGCCUCCUUACCAUCCCCAUAUGUACUAAUUGACUUCAUUACUCCUCUCCACCUAGUUGUAGCAAACUCAUGAUCAUAACAAAAAUAAAUAGCUUAUUAAAAAUGUCAGACCAUGACAUUUGCCCUUUAUAUAUUAUAUUAUACAUUUAAACUGUUCAGACUGUCCAGAUAUCUAGGGAUCAGCACUGCCUUCUACUGACUUAAGUAUCAUACUACAACUGGAGCUCCAGUUAUGCCUGCAUUUGUACAUUUGUUAUAUAGAAGAAAACUUGACUGCUUACACAUUACUAUGAAAUUUGAGAGAUCUUUGAGAGAACUUUUUUUUUAGAUUUUUUUUUAAACACAAACAAUUUCUCUGUCAAUGAAACAUUAUUACUGACAUUUAUUACUGUUCAAUUUUGAUAAAAAAUCUGGGCAAAUUAAAAAUAAAAUACAAAUUGUUAUAUCAAUGCUAUGAAGCAGCUGGGAUAAUUAUCAUCAAGCCUUUUUAUUUAGAAGCACAAUAGUUUUUACUUUUACUUUUUUGCCUUUCCAUGACACCAAUUUUGGGUCUUUGAUCAGACUGUUCAUUUGGUUUCUCUGACAACGGAGAACGACAGGGACUGAGAACAGCAGAAGUUAACAGAAGACCAGGGUAAGCCCAAUUAAAAACAAUACCGCCGGAAGUCCCUGUGGUGUCUCUACCAGCCAACCUAUUAAAGUCAUGUUUUUCGAGAAACAAAAACUGAAAGUACUUCACUGGAUCUACUAAGCUUGUAACACAUUACUUUGAGUAUUAUUUCCCACAAGGUACAGUAGGCUAAAAGAAAAGAGAUGUCCGAGAUGAGUUUAAUUCAGGGUAGUUUAAAAAUGAAGCUGGAUCAGCUGGAAUGUCACUUCACUUGGGACCUUAAAAAAGAUGAUAUAGACUUGCCUAACCUGCUCAGCAGACUAAAGGAACAAGAUAAGCUGGAACUGGGGAGGGAGGAAGGGGCUGCACGAGCACAAUGCUCUUUGGGAUAUGUCAAAUUCCUCCUUGGCCAUGAAAAUGAAGCACUUAAACACUUACUAAGAUCUGAGGAACUUAUUAAAGAGAACCUUAGUGAGAAUUGUGACAAGACUCUCAUGGUCACCUAUGGAAAUUUAGCAUGGACAAACUACCAUAUGAAGAACUACACAGAGAGUGAAAGUUAUCUGAUGAAGCUUCAGAAGAUAAAUGAAACAUUUCCAACUGAGUCUUCAUCUGUUCCAGAGGUGCUUGGUGAGAAGGGAUGGGCUUAUCUUAAAUUCUCUUGCAAAUAUUAUGACAAAGCAGCAGAAGUUUUCCAGAAGGCUGUAGAACUGGAUCCGGAAAAUAGCGAGUGGAAUGCUGGUUAUGCCAUUGCUUUGUAUCGUACUGAAGCUGGUACAUCUUGCACUGUGAAUUCACCUGCAAUCAAGCAGCUUAGACAAGCAAUUGAUAUAAACCCAGAUGAUGAUGUUCUGAGAGUUCUUCUUGGGCUUAAACUAUUGUUAUGUUCCAAGAUGCUGAAGAAUGAGUCUGAGAAGUUGGUUGAGACUUGAAUGGGUCUCCAGAUCAUCCACGUGUGAUGAGAGAUGUUGGAAUAUUCUUCAGAGAUUAAAGAUCUAAGACAGUGCUAUUGAUAUGCUUAAUAAAGCAUCUGAAAUAUCACCAAAUUCAUGCUUCAGAAUCAUCCAUCAUCAAUUAGCAAUGUGCUACAAGACCAAUAAAAAAAAAAAAAAAAAAA